AUUCAGGUUUGGGCGUCUGGUCCGGACCGCGCGGGAUCGGGUCCGUAUUUUAUGUAUGAAGGUUGAAAAGGCUGCAAGCUCAGGGUACCUGUGUAUGGUCUCAAGAUGGGGAAAUUUCUCUCCAAGAUAUUUGGCAACAAGGAAAUACGAAUUUUGAUGCUUGGACUGGAUGCCUCUGGAAAAACCACAAUCCUUUACAAGCUUAAAUUGGGCCAGUCGGUUACGACAAUACCUACGGUGGGAUUCAACGUGGAAACGGUGUCAUACAAGAACGUCAAGUUCAACGUUUGGGACGUGGGCGGCCAGGACAAGAUCCGGCCGCUCUGGCGGCACUACUACACCGGCACGCACGGCCUCAUCUUCGUGGUGGACUGCGCCGACCGCGACCGCAUUGAUGAGGCGCGUCAGGAGCUGCACCGCAUCAUCAACGACAGAGAGAUGCGACACGCCAUCGUCCUGGUGUUCGCCAACAAACAGGACCUGCCAGACGCAAUGAAGCCGCACGAAAUUCAGGAGAAGCUCGGCCUGACGCGUAUAAACGACCGCAACUGGUACGUGCAACCGGCCUGCGCCACCACCGGCGACGGACUCUUUGAGGGCCUCGUGUGGCUGACGUCGAAUCACAAGUCAUGAGUGCGCUCGCUAGAUGGCGUGGCCGUUUUAUAUAGAAGCGGUGCGAAGAGGCACGGCCUGCGCCUACCGUGGGCGGCCGGACUAUGUGCACAAGUGAUAGGAGGACUCUACGCAACCAAUGAUCAGGGAGUGUGCGUAUUUGAUUAGUCUUCUGUAGCGCGGCGUUUGUACGGACGAAUCCGAAUGCGUAGAGCUCCACGCAUGCCAAACAUCUCCCCGGCGGAGGGUGUCACAGCUUCGCGCGCUUUGUUUAUCCUGGGUAGUGGCGUGAUUCGUAACUUCGGCCGGCUCAGUUGUUACCUCUGUUAUUCGUUGUCGUUAUUGUAAAUGUGCGUUGCCUCAUUGGCUCAUGGUGUGAUGUGAUGCGAAUAGUCAUUCCAGUCGUAGCCCGGGUGAUUGACGCUGACGGCCGAGACGGGCCUUUUGCCCGCUAAUGGGUUCUCAUGUAGUGAUGUUGGGGCUUUUGGAGAGCUUUAUAUUGGUUUCCGCGCGGUGCCGGACUGCAGCACUCGGAGCGGGGCUUGCUAAACGGACACACGCUCCGCCGGUGCGCGCGGCACUCAAAUGCCGCCUCCCGGUCUUUUAUCAGCAACCUGCUCCACACAGGCGCGGGCGGCUAGCGCUGCCUAAGCUCGGUGCUUUUAAGUGGUGGCAGUUUGACUUAAGUUUCCGAUUCGCGCUACUCUAACGUGUGACAUGCUGCCGGCAUCAUGCCGUCGCUGUUUAGCGGGCGCGGAGUGCUUGACGGUGAGUAGUGUUACUCUUCUUGUAUGUAACCAAGUGCUGCCUGGCCGGUGGGGGACGCGGGAGCGUGCCGCAGGUGCUCGGUUCCAGCAGGGCCCGUCCCACUGGUGAAACAGUUGGCGGCCUCACUGACGACCGCAGCACCCGCUGAGACCGACAAAACCCGGCCCCUGCUGGCAGCUCAGAUCAGGGCCCGCCCGCGGGCGGCUCUAUAUUUUAACCCCGAACGCUUUGUUCUCCAGCGCGACCGAGUGGUAGACUGGCUACCCCGCUUGCGUACCUGGAAGAGGGUCCCCCGGGGUGUGACCGGUCACGUGUGUUCACCGCUGGCCGUGACACCUGCACACGUGGUGCUCCGUGCCGCCUGCUAUGUAUGCCAGCGCUGUUAGUGGUGCCCGCGCGCCGAAAGUCGUUUCUUACCGGGGCUUUGGCAGAUUUCGCCCCGCAUUGUCACGUGGAUACGGCACAAAAUACAGAUCGGGAGAAGGC